CGCCGGGGUCCUGCGCUCGGGGCUGCGCGCGGCGGGCGCGGAGGGAAGUCCCGAGACAAAGGGAGCGCCGCUGCCUCUGCCGCCGCGACGCGUCGGGCCGCGGCCGCCAGGGACUUUGAAUAUGUCGGGGAUCGCCCUCAGCAGACUUGCCCAGGAGAGAAAAGCUUGGAGAAAAGACCACCCAUUUGGCUUUGUGGCUGUCCCUACCAAGAAUCCCGACGGUACAAUGAACCUGAUGAACUGGGAGUGCGCCAUCCCAGGGAAGAAGGGGACUCCCUGGGAAGGAGGCUUGUUCAAGCUGCGGAUGCUUUUCAAAGAUGAUUAUCCAUCCUCACCACCAAAAUGUAAAUUUGAGCCACCACUCUUCCACCCGAAUGUGUACCCCUCAGGCACAGUGUGCCUGUCCAUCCUGGAGGAGGAUAAAGACUGGAGGCCAGCCAUCACGAUCAAACAGAUCUUAUUAGGAAUACAGGAACUUCUAAAUGAACCAAAUAUCCAAGACCCAGCUCAAGCAGAGGCCUACACGAUCUACUGCCAAAACAGAGUGGAAUAUGAGAAAAGGGUUCGAGCACAAGCCAAGAAGUUUGCACCCUCGUAAGCAGCGGCCUUAUGGCUCUGCAGAAAGGAAGGGAUUGGUUUGGCAAGAACUCGUUUACACCUUUUGCAAAUCUAGAAUCGCUCGUACGGUCACUAGUCACCUGGGAGGGCUGGGCGGGCGCCAUCUUCAUUCCCGCCACUGGCA